CAUCAUCGGACGUCGCUACAGAGCAGAGGGGCUCCACGGGGAGAAAUACAGUCGGCAUAUUAAUGAAACAGAAAGCGUUGACAGCGAUGAGCGCUUGUCAGGACAAAACGUCUUUGAGUUGUUCGGAAAGCAGGGAAAAUGUCAGCGGGAAUGAAUGGGGAAGGAUGGAUGAUUCGUAUACGUCUUGCUUUGACGAGCCCAUGGGCGACGCGAUUCACGGCGGGAUGAAUGCGGUGCAGUCGGGCAUAGACAUGCAUCUGCCACUUCCCCUAGGCCAACGCGAACUGAUGCUAGGCCUGGUGGAUGAGGGUUUCCCCGUCUAUCAUGGCCGUCUCGGUUCUGAUCCGGACUCGGAUUAUCUCGACAUCCCCAGCGACCCGAACUACAGCGAGAGCGACGGGAACGUCACCACGAAAAAGCGCAACCGCUCCAACAGCUCGCGCCAUCGUGGGGAAGUUGUAACGGAACUCGGACCCGAAGAGGUGCGCUGGUUCUACAAAGAGGACAAGAGGACAUGGAAACCGUUUGUUGGACACGAUUCUCUGAAAAUUGAGUUGGCUUAUCGCAAAUUCUGCGAGCUUAACCCGAACAAGGUCAGACGGAGGGAUACCAGUGAGGAAGCAGAGGAUUUAUUCGAGUCUCCGUCAGAAUGUGGAGAACCGGCGGUCCGGAGACAGUCCGCGGCGGCUGCGGCUGCGGCAGCGUCGGCACCGGGACCCGAGAACUCGGAUGCGGGAUGCUGCUCAACAGACGAGACGGAGCUGGAGUCGGAAAGCAUAAAUGUGGAGGCAGUGUGUGUCCGUGGAGGACUCUACGAGGUGGACAUUAAAGGGAAAGACUGUUAUCCUGUAUACUGGAACCAACAGGACCACAUCCCGGUCAUGAGAGGCCAAUGGUUCACGGACGGUACCUGGUUGCCUCUGGAGGAAGUGGACAGUGACCUCAUUGAACUGGAGCACCUGGCCUGUUUCCGAGGCCAGCAGAUGAAAGACACAUUCGACACGGAAGCGGUGGCCAUCACGGUGGACAGCAAAGAUGCCAUUCACAGUUUGAAACUGAGCCGGAGCCAUGUGGACUGGCACAGCGUGGAUGAAGUGUACCUUUACAGCGACGCCACCACCUCUAAGAUUGCACGAACCGUCACUCAGAAACUGGGGUUCUCAAAAGCCUCCAGUAGUGGGACGCGUCUCCACCGAGGUUACGUGGAGGAGGCGGCUCUAGAGGACACGCCCCCUGAAACGACGCACAUAGUCUUUGUGGUACAUGGGAUUGGCCAAAAGAUGGAUCAGGGGCGGAUCAUUAGAAAUACAAGCAUGAUGCGUGAUGCUGCUCGCAAGAUGGAGGAGAAGCACUUUUCUGACCGAACAAAUGAACACGUUGAGUUCCUUCCUGUUGAAUGGCGAUCUAAACUCUCCCUUGAUGGAGACACCGUGGACUCUAUUACUCCAGACAAAGUGCGAGGUCUGAGAGACAUGCUGAACAGCAGUGCAAUGGACAUUAUGUACUACACAAGCCCUUUGUACAGGGAUGAGAUCACCCGGGGUCUAACCAAAGAGCUGAACCGACUCUACAUGCUCUUCUGCGAGCGCAACCCAGAAUUCGCAGAGAAAGGAAAGGUGUCCAUCGUCUCCCACUCACUCGGCUGUGUCAUCACCUUUGACAUCAUGACAGGGUGGGACCCUGUGCGCUUUGUUCACAAAGACGUGGCAGAUGCCGUGGAGGCUGAUGUAAGCAGACAAGAGCGUCAGCUACUGGAGGAUCUUCGUAUGACAUGCUUAAGAAUGAGGGAUUUGGAAGAUAAGCUUCAGCAUGUCCAAACGUCAACCUCAAGACCCUCUCCAGCCCUGAAAUUCAAGGUGGAGAACUUCUUCUGCAUGGGAUCUCCUCUGGCUGUUUUCUUGGCUUUGCGAGGUGUCCGUCCUGGAUCCGACGGAACGCAGGACAACAUCCUACCUAAACAUAUCUGUCAGCGGCUUUUCAACAUCUUCCAUCCCACUGAUCCUGUAGCAUACAGGUUGGAGCCUCUCAUCCUGAAGCAUUACAGCAAUAUAUCACCUGUCCAGAUUCACUGGUAUAACACCACCAGCCCCACACCAUAUGACCAGAUCCGUCCCAAUCUACUGAAUCCGUCAAAGGAAAGUGCCUAUGUGUCCGAUACGGAGAGCCUCCCGAGCCCAUGCACCUCCCCUCCACAGCCCCGCAGACACUACGGCGAGUCUAUUACCAACCUGGGCAAGGCCAGCAUCAUGGGAGCGGCAAGUAUAGGUAAAGGCAUUGGAGGGAUCCUGUUCUCCAGAUUUUCCCGCUCGAGUGGACAGGUGGGGGGUGUGGAGGAGGAGCCAUUAGACUCAGAAGGUGGGACAUGUGAGAAAGGGGAAGAGGGCAGAUCUGUGGAGUUAGAUGAUAAACCGGAGGAGAAGAUUGAGGAGAAAAUCGAGGAGAAGGCAGGAGACACCAGCAUGUCGCAGUCGGCCUCUGUCAUUAUGGAUAACUCCUCCUUGGAGCUUGAGAAACGCAUCGACUUUGAGCUGAGGGAGGGCCUGGUGGAAAGCCGCUAUUGGUCAGCGGUGACAUCACACACGGCUUAUUGGUGCUCACACGAUGUGGCUCUGUUUCUGCUAACGUUCAUGUACAGGCCAAAUGAAGUGAAUGACAUGACAGAGGACAACCCUGACUCAUAACACACACACACACAUAUGAACUCUAGCACCCUUGAUCACUCUCUUAAUUUAGUUUAGCAGACCUUGUUCACUGUGCGUCAGGGAUCCUUGCCUUGUUUCCUUAAUUUUAGAAGCACACCUUAGGAAGAGACUUACUCUCUCCCCUACAUCCGCAAACUAGGAUUGUUCUUAACCUCGAUCGAUGAAAUGAUGACAAUGAUCCUACUUGUUUCAGGUUGGACAAUUCACACCUUGAAUCUUCGCAAAGUUGCAAACUCUUCAUAUUGACUGAUGUGUAUGAACUUGUGGUUGGAUAGCAUGACUGACAAGAAUCUGCUGAAUUGGAGGUUCACAAUCAGAAGGGUUUGAGAAAUGCGUCCGAUGUGAUUAUUUAUUGGCUAAACAAUUAUACGUUCUAAAGAUUUUUUUUUUUUUUUUUUACAAAUUAAGAAUUACUCCUAUGUUUACUUUAUUUAGAUGCUAAAAGAAUAAUCUAAUCUAAAAGUGGCCAAAUAUUGAGUUGAUAGUCGAUGGAAGCAGUGCACAUAACCACAUCAUUAUAUACAGUAUUCUCCCUCAUGUUCCAAAUCCAUGUGACUACAAAAGGAUAUAUUUUGAAGAAUUUUACUAGUCGCUUUUGUUAUUACAAUCAAUGGAGACCAGUUUUAUAUGGUAUAAUUGAUAAACUUUUGUCAUAUUUUCAUUUACAUUUUAGUUAAACUUUUAGUAAUUUUGUUUUUUGUUUUUGUCAUUUUUAUUAGUUUAUUUUUUUAUGUCUAUACAGGUUUUGUAAAUUUUGGUUUAAAAUUUACUAAAACUAAAACUUAAAUGCUUUGUUAAAGGGAAAUAUUGACUUUAAUUUAUUUCAGUUGUCUCUUAUUUUAUUAAGUGACAAAACCAUUUUUUAAUGGUUUAAUUUUAGAUAGCGAUAAUAACUUUGAAGACUGAAGCUUUUAUGUUUCAAAAAGCACCAUAAAAUUUCAUAAAAGGGAAAAUAUUGCCAUUCGUUUGAAUUUUAUGUGAACAGAUCUAAAUUUAAUUUGGUAUUCCCCAAACAUGUUGUAUAUUCUUAAUCCAGUGCAUUCUUAAAGGGAUAGUUCACCCACACAGCAAAAACUCCUGUGUUAAAUGAAAUGAAGUUUAUUUGGCUCCAGACUGAAGAGUGGUAAAGUGUUAAAAUAUGAGUGUGAAAUUAACACUCAAGAGUAAUGAGAUAAUUAAGUGAUUCAUUGAGUGAUGAUUGGCCAUUAUUGAAGACACCUGAUAUUAA